CUGGAAGGGUUUCUGAUGCGCCAGGGUUGGAAGUGAGCCCAGAGGUGCAAAUGUGAACCUUAAAAAAUAAAUGUGAAGCCUGGGGAGUGCCACCACGAGGGGGACACCUGAAUCCCCGCCCCUUUUGUUUCCCCACCCCCUUCCUCUCAAGGCUGCCACCUGUCAGCUGCGCUCAGAUCUCCCUCUGCAGCGCUAGGUCAGGCUCACAACAAACCAACUAACACUUUCUUGGAAAUGGGCCCAACCAGGUCUGAGUAGGGGCCAAGGCCGGCGCACCGCAGCUGCCCUCUCUCCCCGCCCUCUUCUUCCCCGAGAGGGACUGGGCAGCCAAGCUGCGGCAAACAGGCCGGGUGAUCAAGGCCAGGCGUGUCUGCCUCCACCGGGCAGCUGCCUUUUCUCCCAGGCUCCGCUGCAGGGGGGAUCAGCGCCGCGGCUGGCAGGGAGCAAGAGCCGGCAGAGAGGGAACGCCAGGGACCGAGCGAUGGACCUAUCAGGCACUUGUCAGCCGCCUCUCCCACCCGCCGCUGGCGCUCACAGAUAACCAGCGCAGGCUGGCGGGCGGGCGGGCCCGGGGGGCGGCAGCGGUGGUGGCCCGGUGACUACGCGGGAGGGGGUGGAGAUGAAAUUCCCCGGCUCCGUUCUGGUGUCCGUGUUCCUAUUCGUGGCCGAGACCGUGACCGCCCUGUACCUGAGCAGCACCUACAGCUCGGCCGGGGACCGCAUCUGGCUGUCGCUGACCCUGCUCUUCUCGCUGCUGCCCUGCGUGCUGGUGCAGUUCACGCUCAUCUUCAUCCACCGAGACCUGAAAAGGGACCGGCCGCUGGUGCUGCUGCUGCACAUGCUGCAGCUGGGACCCCUAAUCAGGUGUGUGGAAGUCUUUUGCAUAUAUUUUCAAGCCGGCAGAGUUGAAGAGCCUUAUGUCAGUAUCACCAAGAAGAGGCAGAUCCCUAAAAAUGGACUCUCAGAAGAAAUUGAGAAAGAAGUGGGCAGGGCAGAAGGCAAAUUGUUCACCCACAGAUCGGCAUUCAGCAGGGCAUCGGUGAUCCAGGCUUUUUUGGGCUCAGCACCUCAGCUGACCCUCCAGCUAUACAUAAGCAUCUUGCAGCGGGAAAUCACCAUAGGGAGAAGUAUCUUCAUGACGCUGUCCCUGCUCUCCAUUGUGUAUGGGGCCUUGCGUUGCAACAUCCUGGCCAUCAAGAUCAAGUAUGACGAAUAUGAGGUCAGCGUGAGGCCUGCAGCCUAUCUCUGCAUCUUCCUGUGGCGGAGCUUUGAGAUUGCCACACGGGUUGUGGUCCUGGUCCUUUUCAGUUCUGUCCUGCAGAUCUGGGUCCUCCCAGUAGUGCUCCUCAAUUUCUUCAGCUUUUUUUUUUACCCCUGGAUUCUCUUCUGGAGAAGCCGCUCCCCUUUUCCAGAGAACAUCAAGACCAUGAGCAGAGUUGGCACCACCAUAGUGCUCUGCUUCCUCACCUUCCUGUAUGCGGGCAUCAACAUGUUCUGUUGGUCGGCCGUGCAGCUGAAGAUCAACAGUCCUGACUUGAUUAAUAAGUCCCAGAACUGGUACAGGUUGACGGUCUAUUACAUGCUGAGGUUCAUUGAGAAUGCUUUCCUCCUCCUCAUGUGGUACAUCUAUAAGACAGACAUUUACAUGUAUGUGUGUGCCCCCUUGCUCAUUCUGAAGCUGCUGAUUGCGUAUUGCACAGCCAUCUUCUUUAUGCUUUUGUUUUACCAGUUUUUCCACCCUUGCAAAAAGCUCUUCUCAUUUAAUAUUUCUCAAGGUCUGUUGUCAUGCUUCAGGUGGCUUUGCUCUCCAUGUAAAAGGCAGAGACACAGUGACCCAGUGGAAAGGGCAGACUUGAAGUCACCAGAUGACUCUGAAACCCCCAUCCAGCAGCAAAAAAGUGAGCCACAGAACAGAAACGCAAACCUGGACGUCCCUUCUGAUUCUUAACGGGACCAAUAGUAAGAUGUCUCUCCAGACAGCCAUUGCUUAUGUCUGGACAAGUCCUCUGGAUCUUGUUUUCUGGGUCUGGUUGUUGCUUGUUCAGACCACCUGUAACAAUGCCUCACAUGUCUUUGAAUAGAGAGGAGGUUAUCCCUACAAGUGCACCCCCUGAUUCCCUGCCAGCUAGCUUGCUUUAUGUGCCAUUGGAGUAGGGAAUAUGUGUGUGAAUGCGUAUGUUUGUGCAGAGCCUGGCAAGGAGAAUGGCAGGUUAUCGGUCCAGUGUGGUGCAGUGCAUGACCCUAUUCAACAAAGGUUGUGUGUAUGAGUAUGAAUGAUUGUGUUCUCUCAGUUGGCAUUGUCCUCUUUAGUGUUUUUUUUUUAAAGGACAGCAUGCUUUUGUCACUUUAUGGGUCAGAAUGUCAUGGAAUUUUAUCUCAGCUUUCAGAAAUAGGAAAAUCUGAAAUUGGGUUGAUUGGGUAGAAUGAGGAAAAAGGUUCUUUUUCCCCUUGGGUUUCUUGAUUAUCCUGUCUAGAAACCUAGAUUAUUUAUCAGUCCUGAGGGUGGUCUUUGUGUAAGAGUUGUAUUAGUGAUUGAGAGUGACUCCUGUGGUCCUACCACCAGACCCUGCCUUCCCUCUCUGCAUUUCUUCGUGGAACAUGUUUGAUGAUACAACCUACAAUGAGCAGUUGAACACUGGCUUUUUCUGCCUGCGUUUAGGCCAAAAGGCUUCUGCUUCCAUGCAGAAAGAACCUGGUCUUUUCUCCAGCUGGCUGGUGGCACUGAUUGCCUGUGCAUGAUGUGAAUAGCCAGAAGGUAAAGCCUAUGAGCUUGAUUUUCAAAUCCUUGACUGUUCUGUUUUCAUACUUUGAUGAUCUCUGGACCUUCCCAUAACACCCUCUCAGAUCAAUGCAUAUGUAUUCAUACAUAUCAGAUCAAUACAUAUGUAUUCAAGUAUUUGGAUCUGGAGACUUUAGGUUCCAAAUAUGCCUGAGAACAAACUUGCAUUCUAGCUCAGACUUCAAUUCUAGAAGCCCUGGGGUUUUGGAAAGCAUUAAUCGGCAUUAGAUAUAUAGGAGAAUUUCUGGACCAUAAGGAUCAUUAAGCAUUAAAUAAUGACUAAGGGAGUUAUGGAAUCUCCGUCUUUGGGACAAGCCUCUACAAACAGGAUACCAUUUUGGGUUGGGGGCGGUAAAUGUAGGUCACCUUGAAGAUAGUCUUCUAUCCUCUCAAAGUCCUCUCCUGCUUUAGGAUUCUGUGAAGUCACAGAAAACCCUGAGAGUUAUUCCAAAGAAUAUUUUUGAAGUGGUAUCAUUUCUCACAAAAGAUCUUAACCAAGACCAGUUUAAAUUUUAUAAGAAAAUCAUUUGGGAAUUCCAGGCCAGUGUUAUCCAGGGAGGAUAUUUUAAUUUUCAUUACUUAAAAAAAAAAAAAAAGACAGACUAACCAUGAUGUGGAUCUUAAUGCCACCACACUUCUCCAUUGCCCCAAAGAAAUUAAGUAACCAAGAGUCUAAUGACUACCCAGGAGUCCUCUCUCUUUUUUUUUAAUACAUUCUGAAUCUGUAGUAAUUAUGACAAACUGAAGAAGGCUUCUGAUUCAACCAAUUCCUUCUUUAUUUCACCUCUUCAAUUUGUACUCUAUGUGUAGGUAUGGAUAUAUUUGUGUUGACUUGAAGUUGGGUAAUAUUAAUUGAUUGUAUAGUGGAAACUAUGAUCUAAUACUUUUAUUUUAACAUUAUUUUUUUCCCAUGUAAUACCUGGAACCAGGAUGAAACAAAGACACCAUUUAACAUCAUUAAAAAUGAAAUAACAGGAGCAUUAGAAUAUAAGUUUAGACCAAGGACAUUAAAUGUACCAUAUAGUGUCAGGGAUCCAGUCUUUUUGCAUGGCUGUCCUGUCUAGCAAGAUGCAUCUGUCAAAUGUUCUCACUUUUAUUUAUAAUUCACAGUGUUUUCAAUUUCAUACAGACCACAUGAAAUGGACACACAUACAAACAUAAAUUUGAUAUGCUCUUUCUGUUAUAUUCAGGGAAAACAAGACAGUGUACAUGUUUUUUCGCCCCCAAAGGGCAUUGUAAUGUGAUUUACUAUUUUUAUACACUUCGGUUGGCAUGUCUAUACUAUUGAUCAAUCUCACUUCUGUUUUGUGUUUGCAGGUUUUUUAAAAUUUGAAGUAUUCUUAGUUUAUAAAUAUAUGUUAAAUAUUAUACACGUGUAAAGUCAGCCAAUUCCCUUGUGUUGGUCAAAUAAGAGCAAAAUAUCUUGUGUUAAGCAUCAUCUCACUGCCUCUUUAACUCACAUCUACUGUCCUUGGUACUAUUUUUUAGGUCUAAUGCCUAAUACUAGUGUGUGUGUGUGUGUGUGUGUGUGUGUGUACCUGCAUGCCUGUGUACAUGUUGCUAUAUCCUUGUAUAUAUACACAGAAGGCCAUACUUUGCAUGUACACAAAUAAGUAUAUUUAAAUGUACGUGGAUAUAAGUAUAUUUAAAUGUACAUAGACAUGCACAUAUGACCACAUAAAAUAUUUUUUCAAAAAUUAAAAGAUUAAGAAUAAAAUAAAACUAAGGUUUAAAACCACUCUUUUUCUGCAGUUACUUAGUGAAGAAAAAAUUCCUAUUAGGAGUGUGUCUCUAUGCAUGGCCACACAACCAUUCCCGGCUCCUAGUUUUGCCAAUUGUCUGCCCUUAAGCAGUUCUGUCACCUCUCUGUCUCUCCAUUCCCCCAUUCAGCAAAUGUAGUCACAUCUGACCUGCCUACCUCACAAUGGGGUCAUCAGCAUCAAAGUAGAUUGUGAUCAUGACAGUGCUUUCAAAAAGUACUAUGCAACUAUAAGGUAGCAUUAUUUUCUAUCUCCAAGCUCAAAAUGGAAAUUUGUUGCAAUAAAUAAGACUGUUUUACACGUGUACCAGCAUUCUACCUUGCAUUUGGCUUCUGAAUGAAUCCUUUGUUGUUUGACUUUGUGGAAACAGGUUUGAGGGAAUAGCAUCUACUUUGGAAAAGGGAGGUGGGGAAAUAUACAACAUCUGUUCCAGCUGAUGUUGCUGUCCUUGUUCCCUGUGUUUACAAAAAAACUCACAUUGAUGGAUGUGGGACUAGGUGGGGAAUAAAAGUAACUGCAAAAUACCCUUCCUUCUUUCAGAGGAUCCUAAAUAUGUAUCUGCUGCUGGGAAAUCUGUCCUUUUUUGUUUUGGUUUGGUUUGAGUUUUGGGGGGUUUUUUUGCCUCAUGCUUCCUCAAAAUGUACAGGAGGCUCUUUCAACAAUCACAUCUACAACUUGGACAUCUGAUACUGCCAGGUUUGAAUUUAAUAUGUUUGACAAACAUCUUUUUGGCCUUGUAAGUGGAGAGAAGGCCUUAAAGCUGAUUCUCACAGAUGACAGUUCCUUGGAAAUCAUCUUUAUCAUCAAAGAGUUGUCAUAGUUCUGUAUAUGUAUAUAUGAGUAUUGUACUUCUUGUGAGCACAUUGCCAGUUUUAUAUCCUGAAUCAUGCCCACCACAAUAACUGUAACAAAUAUAUCAUGGACAUGUUGUUUUAUUGGCUGCCACUCUGCAGUCGUUGCCUCUAAUAAAGAGUGUUUAUGUUUCUUUUGAUGGUU